AUGAAACUCACUCGCCAGGAAGUCACCCGACAUGACAACCGGGAAUCGUGCUGGGUCGUGAUCCAUGGGGCUGUCUACGAUGUCACAGACUUUUUAAACUCCCACCCAGGUGGUGUAGCUGUGAUUUUGCGCUGUGCGGGUAAAGACGCGACUGAAGAUUUCGACUCUGUUCAUACGGUAGAGUUGUUGAGCGAAGCACUCCCUCAAACCGCGUUUCAAGGCUACAUUGAUCCCACUGGAUUGGAAAAGCCGAACAACAAGCCAGAUGGAGUGGAUGAGGAGCAACCAAAGCCAAACCAUGACAGUCUUCCGCCAUUACAAAGUCUGAUUAAUCUCCAUGAUUUUGAACGAGUUUCUGGGCAGAGACUACGUGACACGACAUGGGCUUAUUACUCGUCCGGUGCUGAUGACGAGAUCAGCAAACGGAAUAAUGCCCUGGCAUAUCAAAAGGUUUACCUUCGUCCACGUAUCCUACGAAAGAUUCCUACUGUGAAUACAGCCAAUACAAUCUUAGGGUUCUCUACCACACUGCCUGUUUACAUCUCCCCAGUGGGUCUUGCAAAGCUUGCCCAUCCGGAGGGGGAGUGUGCGCUAGCAGCUGCAGCUGGUAAGGAAGGGCUGGUCCAAGUACUCGCAAACGGGUCCAGCAUGCCGAUUGAACAAGUGAUGAAGAGCCGUGUCUCGCCAGAUCAACCUAUUUUCCAACAACUUUACGUGAAUAAAGAUAUCCAGAAGUCUGUUGAGACUGUACGGCGAGCUGAAAGAGAGGGUGCUAGUGCUAUUUGGAUUACGGUCGACUCACCCGUGGUGGGGAAACGCGAGAUGGACGAACGGCUCAAUUUGAGCGUGACGGACACGAGUAAUACUGCACAAGGAAAGGGGCUAGCCAAGAUCAUGGCCAGCUCAAUCUCUCCAUUCAUUGACUGGGAGAUUCUCACCUGGAUUCGCCAACUAACAGAUCUCCCUGUUGUGAUCAAGGGAAUCCAAUGUGUGGAGGACGCCGUCCUUGCCUACCAGCAUGGUGCGCAAGGCAUUGUACUCUCAAACCACGGAGGACGCUCACAAGACACGGCACAAUCCCCACUUCUGACUCUACUCGAGAUUCGAAAGUUCGCGCCUCACUUGAUUGAGAGCAAGAUGCAGAUCUUUAUCGAUGGUGGCAUUCGCCGAGGAACAGAUGUACUCAAGGCAAUUGCGCUAGGGGCCACUGCUGUUGGAUUGGGUAGACCCUUUUUGUAUAGCUUGUCUGGAUAUGGCGAGAAGGGGGUGCGGCGGAUGAUCGAGAUCCUACGACAGGAGAUCGAAAUGAAUAUGGUUUUUCUGGGAGUGACCAGUCUCGAUGAGUUGAGACCCGAAAUGGUGAAUAUCAGUCGAUUGGAGAAACAUUUGAUAGCCAGUGUAAAGCUCUAA